AUGUCUUAUUACACAUACCACGCUCACAAGGAGGAUGUAUGGACUGCAUUAAGAGAUUCGCCAGCAGUUCAGCCUGCAAGAUCUGCCUUAAGCCUUUCAUCGCUGAUUGAAGAACAAUGUAGUGCUGUCAUUCCUCGGGAAGUUCAUCGUUUGUCUAAAUAUAAAGGACCUUCCAUCGAUCUCAAGAGUUGGAGAAUCGCUUUAUCUGUAGCAAUCUUACCUAUCUACUUAGCCUGCACCAUACCUGCCACCUUAGCCACAUUUUUCAUAUUAUUUCUUCCGAUGGUAUGCAAAUUUGAAUAUGCGCUCUGGAGAGAGAAUUAUGGACGGGAUAUUCAAUAUAAUUUUUCUUCCUUUGUUACCGUGGUUGUUGGAUCAGUACUCAUACCAAUACUCGUGCUGGUAGGAGAUGCCGUGUUCCUCUGCGUGGUCAUUGGUGCAAGUUUGGGUGCUGUACUUAUGACGAUGUUUAGAUCCUUUGAUGAUGGACUUAUGUUCUGCAAGAGGGUUGCUACUUGUGUACCUGAAAGUUACCUCGAAAUGAUCUUUGGAAACAAGAGGAC